AUGAAGAAAAUUGAGAAAGAAUGGACAAUUGACGCGAAAUGGGGCAAAAUUGCAAUGGUAUCAUGGGGAAAUCCUGCAAAUCCGCCUAUAUUAUUACUGCAUGGUUACAUGGAUACUGCUGCUACCUUCAUGUUAUUGGUGGACCAGCUUCCAGAUGAUUAUUAUUAUGUAGCCUUUGAUUUGCCAGGUCAUGGCAAAUCGGAUCCCUUUCCUCCAGGUGUUGUUGUGUCGAAGAUAAACAUGGUAGAACCAAUUAGAUUAAUUGUAAAAUAUAUGAAAUGGGAGAAAUUCGCAUUUAUGGCACAUUCCAUGGGCUUUGUUAUAGGUAUUGUCUACAAUCACAUAUUUCCUGGCACAAUUACGAAAAUGGUUCAUUUGGACCCAGCUGUAGCAAUAGCAUCGUAUUAUUAUCCCCACUAUAAGCUGUCCGUUUGGCAACAAUACCUUUAUGACAUGUAUUAUAAUAACUAUGAAAGUUUCAUAACUGGCCCUAAUAAGACUUUGACCCUCGAAGAAGCAGUUGGUCUUUCCGUCCGUAACAGAAAUAUAACAGAAGAUCAAGCUGAAAUCAUUCUAUCUAGAUCAUUAAUCCCAGCUGGUGACGGUAGAUUCAGAUUAUCCUGGGAACCCAGAAUGAAAAAAAUAGCUACCAUACCUAUUUCAGAAGAAACUUUUUUUACUAUUAUAACCGAAAAUGCACCACCGACGCUUAUUAUUGAAGCUUCAGACGGUGUGAACACCAAUGAAAGAGCUAAGCAGUUCGCACUAAAAGUAUUAGAAAACUGUCGGUCAAUACUGCCGAACUUUUAUAGUGUAACCGUUGUAGGAGGUCAUGAUGUGCACAUAACGAAUAGUGAAGGCGUCGCUCCUCACGUUGAAAAGUUUUUGCGAUCACCAGAAACCUUUAGCAACGACACUGUAAAAAGCAAAUUGUAA